AUGGCCCAGCUCCUCAAGCAGCACCCAAUCUUCCCAACCGGACUGUCCCCUGCGAAGCCAUCACCGGCCCAGCCCGUCAGCAGAGCCAUUAGCGACAACAUCCUCUCCGCCCUCAACAUGACUGCGAGCAGCUUCAACACGCCGCCACCCUCCGUUGGCUGGGACUGGCAGACGGGGGCCAUAGACACGGCCGCCUCCAUCUACAGCUCCACAGGCGACAUGAUGAAGACCCGUCGCUGGCUCAAGCCCAUGAGCCAGACGGGCGUGCUCGGAUCGGCCGUUGGCGCGCCGUGGGAAACCCGCCACCUGGUGCUCUACAAGCGGCUGAUGCAGCUCUACACCAAGCAAGGCGACAUGGGCAGCUACCGUGCGGCGCUGGUGCUGUCACCAAAGCAUGGUCUCGGCGCGGUAAUUCUCUCUGCAGGCCCCAUCGAGUCCAACUCGGCCGCUGGGCGCGAGACGCUCAUGAACGCUGCGCGAGAAGAGACGCGCUCCAACUUUGCAAGGUCAUACACAGAUGCCGCAACCAACAGCUCUGUCAACAUUAUGGUCGACGCCUCAACGCCCGGCCUUAGCGUGACGCACCUCUCCGCCCGCGGCGUCGAGGUAAUCAGUCCCUCCAGCCCCUUCAUCCCGCUCUACGGCGCUGGCCAAUCAGCGCGGCUCUUCCCAUCGGCACGGCCAUCAUACAUGUCACGCCUGGGUUUCCGAGCGAGCUUCUUCAAUGCAACGGGUGAUGGCGGGGCGGUGCAGGACCCGGGGUUGAUGCAGUGGACGUCGCUGGGGGCGCCGGCGUAUGGGAGCGUAACGCUGGAUGAGUGGGUGUUUGGGAUGGGGGAAGAUGGGGUGAUGGGGAAGGUGGGUGUGAGGAUGCUGAGAGUAAGCAUGAAAAAGACGAAGAAGAAGAAGAAGAAGAAGAAGAAGAAGAAGAAGAAGAAGAAGAAGAAGAAGAAGAAGAAGAAGAAGAAGAAGAAGAAGAAGAAGAAGAAGAAGAAGAAGAAGAGGUAUUAUACGUAA